UAAUCUCAAUAAUUGUAACCAAGACAUAGUCUUUCUCAUAUCUUUCUUGCAUAUAUAGCAUAUAUAAUACCAAAAUUACAAAGAGAGAGAGAGCGAGAGAGAGGCCGUCUUGGCCUGAUCCUUGAUAUUAUUGUUAGCAGUUAUGGAAAUGGAGGCAGCAAAAUAUUGGAAAGAAGAAGACUCUGUCUCUGUAUGGCCUCCAAGAUCUUAUUUCUGCAAUUUCUGUGGGAGAGAAUUCGGGUCAGCUCAAGCUUUGGGUGGUCAUAUGAAUGUUCAUAGGAGGGAUAGAGCAAGGCUAAAGCAGUAUCCUGCAGAUUUUCAAAACGAUUUUCUUCAUCAUCAUCAACAUCAAAAUCCUCCUAAAAUUGACUUCGUUCACAAUCCUAAGACUGGGGUUUUCAUGUCGCCAGCCGGAGUUUCAACUCCGAUGGUGAUGGCCACUGGAGAUAUUUCAGUGAUCAAUCCAGGUGGGAGGAGGAAGGAGAAUGUUAGUAGUAAGAGGCAAAGAAGUGAUGAAAUAUUCACUCCUAAAUCAAGUUCCAUGAAGAAAGAUCAUCUUCAACCAGAGGUCAAGAGACUUUGUAAAGAUGCAACCCAAGACUUAGAUCUUGAGCUUAGACUUGGGUGUUCCCUUAUUUAGUUAAUUACCUUGUUUUUUCACAUAUAUACAUUAGAAAAAUCUUUUUUUUUU